AUGGGCAGUUUGCUUCUCAAGGAAGAUGAUGGCCGCGAUGAGUACAAUGAGGCGGUGAGGAGCUUUGACCCUACACCCAUCGACGCGUGGACCGGCACCAUCAACGAUGCAGCUGCGACUGUGAAGCGUCAGCCGUUAACCGUCGAGGGUGUGGACACUGCCACAUCUGUGUAUACUGAAGCCCUCGUCAGGAUCACAGAUUCACCACAGCCAGGUUCUCAGCUUGUGUUUGAUGUGAACAUCAACACUGUCGGGAGGUUCACACGGUCAGCCCCUUUGAAUGUUGAUAAAACAACAACGUACAAGUGUGUCUCGAGUGAUUGCAGCACUUCAAGCAGUCCCUGUAACUGUAACAGUGCACUGACAGCCUUCAGGUCGAAAUGUACUUCUGCGGGGGGGGUUUAUACUCCUGCAGGGAGCUUCUGCACUCUGGGUGAAAAGUGCGGUACUUGCGAGCAAUCAGUAUACCUCUCGCGUUUGUACCUUGUUGCCAAAGAAAGCACCCCAGGCCAGUUUGAAGAGGAUCUCGUUNGCUUCUGCACUCUGGGUGAAAAGUGCGGUACUUGCGAGCAAUCAGUAUACCUCUCGCGUUUGUACCUUGUUGCCAAAGAAAGCACCCCAGGCCAGUUUGAAGAGGAUCUCGUUCUGCGCAGCGCCAAGUACGACUUUACGGACUUGGCCAACGAUUACCAGGUGAAGCAGCCGACGGUUGUUGGGGUGCGUCUGUACAGCAGCAAAGAUCCCUACAUUGCCCUGCAGCGGCUGACCAAAGGAACGAAUGACUUUGGUAUUGGCCGCCAUACAACUGGAAUUGUGAUGAUUGUUCUUGGGGUUCUUCUUGUUCUUUUGGAGAUUGGUGCGUGUACGGCGCUUAUAUGCUUCUGCAUGCGUCGUAAGAAGAAACCAGCGGGUGACGCAGCACCGGCGUCCACGCCGUCACUGGGAAUGACAGACGUGCCUGCGUACAUGCCGCCCAACUCGUACGGCAAGCCACCACCGCAAGACUACCCGUACGGCCAGCCACCACCACCACCACCGCAAGACAACCCGUACGGCCAACCACCACCACCGCAGGGCUACCAGUACGGCCAACCACCACCACCGCAAGGCUACCAGUAUGGCCAAUCACCACCACCGCAGGGCUACCAGUACGGCCAACCACCACCACCGCAAGGCUACCAGUAUGGCCAACCACCACCGCCGCAGGGCUACCAGUACGGUCAACCACCUCCGCCUCAACAGGGCUGUUCAUAG